UCAUAAUAAAACGAUCUGUUGCCAGCCCUUGUCUUCUGUUGUUACAUUUGGUGUCGCUGCCUACCGACAAAUGAAAAGCCUAUACCCUGCAGUUUUUGAUGGAGACAUAUGGAUCUUCGGGCAGGACUUCAAGGCUUCUGCGCAGUUGAGUGGCGUUCAAGAUCUGUCAGCGAUGGAGCUGCUACUUGAGACGCUGCUGGGAGGUCGGGCGAAAGCAGCAUAUGAAGGUGUGGGCCGAAGUAUGGACGAAUGUUCGACAGGGUCAGGCAAACAGUUUCCAAAGUGGGAAGGACCAUAUAUGGUCACUUCGAGAUGGGGUUACGCAGACACAGUCGCAAUGGCGAACAAUGAGAGGCGCGUGAACGUCAGCGAGCUCCAGAAAUGGAUACAGCGAGACAAGCCAACGAUGACGCCUGCACCAAGUAGAUCAAGCCGACUUCAGUCGCACGUAUUUGACGGGGGGACGAGUGUGGUGAGAGCAGGCUGCUAGCCGAUUGGUUGGCACUAAUCUACGUUAAGGUCUAGGUCACUAAUAUGGGCCGUGA